AUGAUCAGCAAGGAAUCUUCGAUUAUUAAAAUUUCCAUCACAGCGCGCUCCCCCCGGUAUCUUCGGAAACGGGAGAUAUUGAAGAGGGACGGCUGUUUUCUCCUUAAAUUGCUUUUAACGCUUUACUGCAUCGUCGGGGGUGAUUGCGAGCCGCGACGAGGGAUUAAGGAGCUGCAAGCCGCGUUAGCCGAAGAACGGGUUCCUCCCCCAUUUCUGAGGCACUGUGACUUCGAAGCGCCCUGCAGCUCCUGGAACUACACCGACAACUUCAAAAUAGUCUCGAGAAAUGACGCGAGCGAGUACACUACGGGUCAUUAUUUGCGGCUGGAUGGCCCGAACAUCGGACAAAUCUGGUCGAUUCUCAUUUCUCACACGGGUGCUCAGUGUUUUCUCAAAUUCGCUACACGUCAAACAGAAAUGGGAGACGGAAUAAUACGGCUCAUUAUUAUGUCUAACAAUAUUACGACCUCUGUUGCCUCCGAGCGAACGGGAAACAAUGACGCCAAGUGGAAUAUUACCGAACUAAAACUUGGAGCUAUUAGCCAGCCUUAUAAAGUUGGUCUUGAAAUAGUUGUACCGAAGAAUGCCACCUUCUCCAUUGACAAUAUCCGACUGGAUGACUGUUUUCCAGAAUCUCAGCCGCCUGUUAGCGAUAAGUGCACGCUGGAUAUGUUUCACUGCAGAAACGGGUCUUGUAUCAAUAGAACGCGAAUUUGCGACUUGACGCCUGAUUGUGCUAUGGGAGAAGAUGAAAUUCUUGAAUGUGACAAAAUGCCAGACACAGCGAGGUGUAAUUUCGAAAGAGGGUGGUGUGGGUGGAAAAACGCACCCAAUAAAACUCUACAGUGGACGCUGCAUCAAGGAAGUACGCCUACAGAGAGGACUGGUCCAAGUUACGAUCACACAUACCGCAACGAAACAGGGACUUAUGCGUUCGUAAAUUCAUCGAGAAAUCACGGAUUGGGCGAAAGCGCGACUCUGAACAGCCCAAUAUUCAAUCCAACUCCGCCUUACCACGCUGACUCGAAAAGCCAGUUCUAUCAGUCAUGUCAAGUGCGUUUUUUCUUCCACCAGUACGGCGAAUUCAGCGGAUCCUUGGGGCUAUAUUUGAUACAACUAAAGCCUCAUCAGAACCACUCACAGAGAUUGUGGUGGAGUUACGGAGAUCGUAACGAUAUCUGGUAUAAUCAGGUUGUUACGUUACCUGACAUUCGAUACCGAUAUUUUUUGCAAUUUGAAUCCAGUAAAAGUUACGCUGCUAAAGCCGACGUCGCUAUUGAUGAUUUUUCAUUGAGUCCUCAGUGCUUUGGAAUUGGAGUUCCGGCAGACGUGGUGGGAGAUUUUAAUUAUUACAGUCCAGUUAUUGAAUCAGAGCAUCCAAUCGAGCAACACUUUGAUUUCGUGAAUGAAACAGUGGUGAGAAUAACAACAUGUGGCGCAACGGGACGCUUCGGACCAACGGUCAAGCAAUGUGCUCGUGAAUACAACAAAACAGAGUCAGAAGUUGAACUCCCUGAGACUUUACAAGCCAAUUCUUCUCAGAACUACUAUCGAGGAGUGCAGAAGUGGGUGGUUCCGAGCGGAGGAUACUACACCUUGAUGGCGGUGGGAGCUCGCGGAGGAAGAGGCUCCGGAGGGAUGGGCAGCACCCUCGGAGCUUUCGUUCGCGGUGUUCUUGAACUAGAAAAAGGCCAGACUCUGUACUUUUUGGUGGGACAACCAGGAAUUGAUGCGUGCACCAAGAGCCUGGGCAUGAUGAACAAUCCCUGCGGUGUCGUUUCUACCGCCGGAGGUAAUGAAUCUCCGCUACUCGGGGUCCAAUCUGCGAUCCGCGAGGUAAAGAACAUCGAAUUGACCAACGGCGGGGGAGGAGGCGGAGGAGCUACAUAUGUAUUUACCGUAAAAUCAACGGGAGAGCGUGAACCACUGCUGGUCGCUGCGGGGGGUGGAGGACUCGGGUUUGGGCAAUUUGUCGACGACGGAAUUCAGCAUGGUCAUGGACCCUACGUGGACAUGAAAAAUCACGUCCUCGAAUUGACACCGGGAGAUAAAUCUGGGGGAGGAGGAGGAGGAUGGAACGGGUCAUCCACGCACGACUUGAGACGUAUUUCGGUGGGCCAAUCUUUGAUGAAGGGUGGCGUGGGCGGUGUCGGGUGUCAUCAGAAAAAUAAAACUCACGGGGACGGAGGCUUCGGUGGAGGAGGUGGAGGCUGUCGAACUGGAGGCGGAGGUGGCGGAUUCACUGGCGGAACUACCGGGGUAAAAAGCUCGACCAAUGGCGAGGGUGGAUUCUCGUACAUAUCGCCCGAGCUAAUCCACACGGCCUACAGAUCCGGAUACAAUCCUGGCUCAGGAGAAGUUUUAAUAGUUCCGGCUAUAAGCGGAUGUGGAUGCGAUUUUCGGUGUGUCGCGGUUGAUCGGCAUCUCAGCGAGACGAGAUGUCUGUGUCCGCCUGGCUGGCAGCUUGGAAAUGAUUCUCGCUCGUGCUUGGCCGACGAGCUAGAUUUUACCAAUCAGACGAUGAAGAUAGUAUUGAUUGUCGUUUGCUUCGUACUUGCGGUAUCUUUCUCAGCGCUUUGCUUUAUAUUGUACAAUAGAUAUCAAAAUAAAAAGGCCGUCUCGAGGCGCAGAUUGGCGAUGUUCGGCAACGGAACAGAGUUAAAUCCAUUUCCGGGUGUUUCCGACACGAUAAUGACUGAAUUUAAUCCGAAUUACGAGUUUGCUGGUAACUUUUACAGUAUCAAAGACUUGCCGCAGAUACCACGUGAAUCAAUUACUUGCGUGAAACCGCUCGGACAAGGAGCUUUCGGUGAGGUCUUUCAAGGUGUUUACAAGUACACCCGCAAUGAAGAAGCUCAGAUUGCUGUUAAAACUUUGCCAGCGGUAACAACGUCCCAAGCAGCAGCUGAUUUUAUGAUGGAAGCGCUUAUUAUGAGCAAAUUCGAUCAUCCGAACAUUGUCAAGUUCAUCGGAAUUUCAUUUGACAAAAAUCCACGUUAUAUUGUUUUGGAAUUGCUUGCCGGAGGGGAUUUGAAAAAUUUUCUGCGCGAAGAGCGACCCAAACCCGAUCGACCAACGACUUUGACAAUGAGGGACUUAAUUAUUUGCGCUCAUGAUGUUGCCAGUGGUUGCAAAUACAUGGAGGAUGCCCGUUUUAUUCAUCGCGACAUUGCAGCCCGUAAUUGCCUACUAACUUGCAAAGGACCGGGACGUGUUGUUAAGAUUGCUGACUUUGGAAUGGCGCGUGACAUAUACCGCAGUGACUAUUACAGAAAAGGCGGGAAGGCUAUGUUGCCCAUUAAAUGGAUGCCGCCAGAGAGUUUCUUGGAUGGGAUUUUCACUACAAAGACUGAUGUGUGGGCUUUCGGCGUACUCCUUUGGGAGAUUAUGUCAUUCGGGUACAUGCCGUACACUGGAUGCUCAAACCGAGAAGUAAUGUUGAUGGUGCAGUCAGGAGGACGUCUCGAGAAACCAGCCGAGUGUCCUGAUCCUAUUUACGGUAUAAUGGCUAAGUGCUGGCAUCCCAAGCCCGAUGAUCGACCUAGCUUUGAGCUCAUUGUCGAGAGAUUAGGUUACUGUCUCCAGGAUCCAGAUGUUAUUAAUCAUCCGAUGCCAAAUUAUGAUAUUCUCCCGGAUUGCGACAGAGAAAUCACUAUCAUGAGACCUGAUCCAGAAACUGAAUGCAUCAAUGUAAAUUCCAAUCUGGACGGAUGUGGGUACAUGCAGCCGCGCACUAAUUUUCGCCCCGGUGCUUACAAGAUGGGAUUUGUUCCGGGGAUUGUCUAUGCCUCUCUGCGUCACAAUGAUGAUUUAGAGGGUGAAAUAAUUCAAGAGACGACCUUGAUACAGCCGAAAGAACGGGAGGCUAAUGCCGAUAAUGUCAGGAUACGCAAAAUGUCUGAGGACAAGCCACCAAUUAUUUAUGAACAGGAGAUAAUUAAACACCCGUUAAAUGAAGAUAAAGAUCUUAAUGAAAAACCAAUAUUAAAUAAUGAAGAUUUAAAGGGCGUGAGAGAAGAAUACGACAAACCGAUCGAAAAUGGUGAAAGUACAACAACCACUGAUACGAUUUCCGAUUCACUUGUCAACGCUUCGUUAGUUUCGCCUCCAGAUACUGAAUUAUCGUUACAAAACACACCUAAAUCCUCGCCAAAUCAUUCAAACAUGAGUCCUAAUAAUUCAGUGAAUAAUGUCAAUGGUAUUGUUAAGAAAAAUUCAUUGAAAGCGACAUUGAGUUUGGAUCCGGCUACACUUUAUCGUGGUGCUAUUCCGUAUGAGAAAAUAAAAUUUUCUUCAGCUCCACCACACAUAACUACUUCUGACAGUUUAGAAAUAAAAAAGGAGUCGUUAGGACAUGAGCUACCGAGAGAAGAAGAAUGCUCCUGCUGA